AUGAGCUUCCGCUUCCCCUAUCACGAAACUCCGUCGGAGAGCAGCUUCAACCGCGAGUUCAACGAUGCAGAGAAAGGCCAGCACGAUACUUCGGGAAUGGCACUUGUACCACUGAGCAAAGUCUAUGCAUCCGACAAAGCGAAUGGCCACCUUACAGCUUUCCCACCAACACAUGACGCUAACAUGGCGUCUGCCACCCAAUCGACCUCGUCUUUUCACAACUAUAGCAAAUCAGACUCCUCCUUACCAAUUCUCCCCAAGCAGAAAACCACGCCGCCGCCUCCAAAGAAACAAGAACCCAGAAAAAGUACACUAUUCUUCCUGUGGUUCAACACUGUCGGCCAGUUUCAAUAUGCGCAGGACCAUCUUGGUUCUAUGGUUCUGGGAAACUUGCUUUUUGCUAUCUUGAUGCGAAAUGAGUUGUUUUUCCGAAUACUAUAUAUGGCCUUCAUCUACGGACUGAGAAGUUGGGCGCCGCUGAGAAUGAAGUUGAUGGCAGCUUCGUUUCUGCAACAUGUUGGAGGUGUACACUCGGGUUGUGCACUCUCCGGUACUGCUUGGCUAGUGUAUUACAUCAUCCAGAUUCUCAGUCACCGCAGUAUCCGUGAACCUGCUGUGCUCAUCACUGGGAUAGUCACGGUUGUCUUCAUCAUAACAUCCGUGCUCAGCGCAAUCCCGUGGGUCCGGAAUAAUCAUCACAACAUCUUCGAGAGGUACCACCGAUUCGCAGGUUGGCUAGGCUUGGCUGCGACCUGGUCUUUCGUCGUUUUGAGCAACUCCUACGAUGCCAACAGUGGUAAAGACAAUUCCAAUGCGCAGUCCUUGAUCACUACAGAAAACAUCUGGUUUACCAUUUUCAUGACGAUCUUAAUCGCUCUCCCAUGGGUCACAAUUCGACAGGUCCCCGUCGAGGUAGAGAUACCAUCUACCAAGGUUGCCGUCCUCCGGUUUGAUAGGGGAAUGCAGCAAGGGCUUCUUGGACGCAUCGGCCGUUCCGCCUUGAUGGAAUACCACGCAUUCGGUAUCAUCAGCGAAGGACGCCAUUCCCCUUAUCAUUACAUGGUUUGCGGUGUCCAAGGCGAUUUCACCAAGAGCCUUGUUGCGAACCCACCAACAAAGAUCUGGACCCGAGAACUGAAAUUUGCCGGAAUCGGACACGCUUCUGCCAUGUUCAAAAGAGGUAUUCGCGUCUGUACGGGCACAGGUAUUGGUGCCGCUCUAUCAACAUGCAUCCAAAGCAAAAACUGGUUCCUCAUCUGGAUCGGCUCCGACCAGCUAAACACGUUCGGAUCGACAAUUUCACGGCUCAUCCACGACAAUAUCGAGCCUGAUCGAAUGAUUUUAUGGGACACCAAGGAACGCGGCGGUCGACCAGAUACAAUGCAGCUACUGAGAGAUACCUGGAACAAUUUCGGUGCCGAGGUCAUCUUCAUCACAUCCAACAUGAAGGGGAAUGAUGAAAUGAUGCAAGGAUGCCGUGAAGAGGGAAUGCACGCUUUCGGCACACUCUGGGACUUUUGA